AUGGACAUAUUAAAAUUAUCCGAUAUUGUAAUAUCAGAUUUAAAUAAACUUAUUCAGAAGGAUUAUAUUCUGGAGCAAUGCAUCAAAAAAAAUCAUGAUAGCAUUAAACUGCAUAUUGGAUCAAAAGCGCUAUCUUCAGUUACUUCCCUUUCAAGUUUAAAUUUAUUGCAACAAUGUGAACAUAAUGCUGAGAAGGAUUGGAAUGAAUUUCCUAUUACAGAUUAUUUAAAUAGUAGAGAUUCAGUAACACAGAUAUCAAUGUAUGGUACAACUCAGGAAGACAUUUUACGGCUUGGUCAAAACAGUGUCAAAGAUAGUCGACUCAUGUAUACUUAUCAGGAUUCUUUGCAAACCAAACAUUUAGGGAAUUAUGAAAAUUCAGGUCUUUGUGCUUAUUCAAUGAAUCCAUAUUAUUAUUCGAAUGUUUUGAUAUCACGGUUGGCCUCUCAACAGAUUUUGAAUCAUGCAAUCAAGGGAGAUAGAUUGGAAAUUAUGGGGAUAUUGUUGGGUUUUGUUUCAAAAAAUAAUUUUAUUGUAACAAGGACUUUUGAAUUACCAGUAUUAGGGACUGAGACUCGUGUUAAUGCUCAAUCUGAAUCUUAUGAAUAUAUGGUACAAUACAUUGAUAAGAUUAUUGAACAAGAUGAAAUAUAUGGGAACGAGAAAGUUGUUGGUUGGUAUCAUUCUCACCCCGGCUAUGAUUGCUGGUUAAGUAGUAUUGAUAUGAGGACACAGGAUUUAAAUCAAUCAUUUCAAGAUCCAUAUUUGGCUAUUGUGGUAGAUCCAUUGAAAAGUAUACAAGAUAAAAAAAUAUUUAUUGGUGCGUUUAGAACAGUAAAAUUAGAUAAGAAUCUGUCUAGUCAACCUGAUGUGGAAGAAUUAUCAUUUUAUAGAUUGGGUAUAUCUAUGUUUGAUUCUGAGUUGAAUAAGUGUAUUAAUGAGGUAAAAUUAACAUUUAAAUUUGACAUUGAUAGAUAUAAUAGUAGAAGAGACAAGAUUUGUAGAUUGGCUCAAACAUUACUAGAAAAUAUGAAGCAUAUUAAAAAUAUGAACAGUUUAAGAUCUAAUACAGUCUAUGUAAAGAAAGAGGAUUGCCCUGUCACUACACAGAAUAUUAAUGAUAAAUAUGUAUUACAAUGUCAGCAAUAUCAAGACAACAGAGAAAGUAUAAGCAUUAAUAGUGAAAAAUCCCCUAAUUAUAACGAUAUAAUAAAUAUGAUUACUUUUGACGCAAGUCCAUAUGAAUCCAUGGUGUCAAUAAAUUCCAUGUUAAAUAAUAGAGACGUAGAGUUUAUGCAUAAUGAGACAGAUAUUGAAAUGGAAAGUGUUAAUAGUAGUAUCUAUUUUGGAACUGAAAAUAUGCUUAUAGAUAAUGAGCAAUCACAGAAAACAUCAUUUAGCUCAAUAACACAUCAAACUUUACAUCAACUUCAACCACAACAGGACAGUAAGCUUCAAACGCCGUCUGUCGAUAAAACUAAUAUCAUAAAAGACACCAUUAAUAAUAGUAAUAAUGAUGAUGAUCAUAACAACACCGACAUUAUAAAAAAUGAUCAUAUCAAUCCCACAUCAAUCGCUAUUGAACGAGAACAUGAAUACCUAUCAUAUGUAGCUACUAAAAGAUUAAUCAUAAGACUCAAAUUACAGGCAUAUAGAGAUUUGAGGUUUUAUAGAGAUGUUUUCACUUUAUAA